CUGAUCUAUCAUGUGGCCUCCAGGGAGCGAGGAUAGCUACUCCGCCAAAAUGGACUAUGGCAAGAGCGUGGUGAACAUCCUGCCCAGCGUAGAGAUGCUGGUGAACUUUAAUGGCGAAAUGACGCGGUCUAGCAAACGGUCAUGUCUACUGUACGCGGAGAGAGUGGACUUCAAGGAGCUGCUGCAACUCCGAUUAACGGAGAAGUCCGAUCAACGGCGCAUGUACAUCACCACAGUGGACAGCGCCUCCUUUCAGGAUCUUAAACAGGAUCAGUCGCUGAAUGUGUCAUUCUCUGGGUUCAUUGACAAUGUAGUGCGCAUGCUGAAGGACUGCCAGUCGGGUAAACUGGAGCUGCACCUGACCACACGGGAUCAGAACCUUUCAUCCGGCAGGGAGGUCCACGACUAUUAUCUUCAGUUUGUUGAAAUUCGGUCCUUUAAGAACCUAGUUCACCUUAGCCUGCCUUGUCGUUCUGCUCCCUUGAACACCGUACUCUUCUACAUAAACAGCAUGCUGGAAGCCUCCCACAAAAAGCAAUAUAUUCUCGAGCAAAGUAUGCAGCAAAUGCAGGCUGAAAUCAACGCACAACGCGCGCAUGCGGAAAGGUUGACCACGGAAAACACAAAUAUCAGGGAAGCUUUGGCCGAAAAUACUCGCAUCUUAGAGGAAAAGCAUGCUGCCGAGGUCCAUCAAUACCAGGAAAAACUGUCCAAAAUAAACGAGCAGCGCAGCAAUGAGCUGGAGAGAAAUCGUAGAGCGAUCUCCGGCUUUCAGGCCCAAUUGGACAAGGCUUCGUUGGAGAAAGCAGAACUAAAGUCGGCCCAAGAGCAGGCCGAGAAACGAUGUCAAACCCUGUCCGAGGAGUUGUCCUGUUGCAAAGCCAGAGUGUGCACCCUAAAAGAGCAAAAUGACAAACUGCACGGGGAUGUGGCCAAUAUCAGGAAGCAUGAACGCAAGUUGGAGUACAAAAUCGAGGACCUCAAGCAGCACACUGUCGAGCUGCAGGAACAUAUUCAAAAGGGAAACAAAGAGAAGGCCAACAUAGCCGCUGAACUGGAGGCCGAGAAGAAGAUCCUGCACACCAAGCGCCAGGCUUUGGAAAUGGCCUCCGAGGAGAUCUCCAAGGCCAACCAGAUAAUCGUUAAACAAAGCCAGGAGCUGCUCAACCUCAAAAAGACCAUUGCCUGGCGCACAGAGGUGGCUCUGCAGCAAGAGAAGGCGGUUCAGGCCAAGGAGAGCCUACUAUCCCUGCGGGAGAAUGAGCUGCGCGAGGCUCGAAUAACUAUUGAAAAACUGAGGGAGGAAAUCCCCCAGCAACUGCAAUCCAUGCGUAACUUUGCCCAGGGACUGGAGCAGAAGUAUUCCAAACAAAUCCUCAUUCUAAAAGAACGGCUUGCAAUACCCACGGGCAAAGAAAAUCGGCGAUAGUUUUACUUAUUGUUAAUGCAUUUUUUCGUUUUUUGUACCAGUUUAGUAAAGUUAGUUGUAUUAUUCAGCUCUAGUCAU